AUGAGCGAAUUUAUCACAGAGGCUUUUACUCUCUUAGCCGUUGCCAUUGUGCUGAUCGCCCUUAGAACAACGGCACGAUGGGUUAUGGUUGGGCCCAAGAAUUUCCAGGCGGAUGAUUAUAUUAUGUUGGUGGCAUGUGUCGUGUACGGGCUGGAAACUGCAGCUGCAUAUAUGGUUGGUGCAUGGUUUGAGGGCCUGGCCAAUAAUUCCAUGACAGAUGAAGAAAGAAAGACUCUAUCUCCAGACUCGCACGAAUACCACUUGCGAGUGGGAGGGUCUAAGGUCCAAGUGGCUGGUUGGUCACUAUACACUCUGCUACUAUGGCUGCUAAAGACAUGCAUGGCCGUGUUUUACUCUCGAUUGACAGCGGGUCUGAUCAAUAUGCGUAUACGGAUUCACAUUGCUUAUGUCUUGAUUGCAGCAACUUAUAUCGUGACCAUUUGCUCAAUUCUAUUCGGGUGCCACCCCUUGGACAAAAACUGGCAGAUUUACCCAAACCCAGGCAAUCACUGCCAACCUGCCGUAUCCAAAAUCGACAUCUACGUGACUGUCGUACUCAAUGUUGCAACAGAUAUUUACCUCAUUAGCAUUCCUGCUCCGAUGCUAUUCAAAGCCCGCCUCCGAUGGCGUGAAAAAUUCGAACUCCUCAUCCUUUUCAGCGGAGGUCUAUUCGUCAUGAUAUCCACCCCGAACUCACUCGGCUCCGCUCUCACUAACAACCGUGUUCUCUUUAAGGCCGGUGCCAACGGUGCCGAACAAGCAGGCAGCUGGGCCUGCCGCGAAACCUUUGUCGCCGUCGUAAUCGGCAAUAUACCCAUGAUCUACCCACUCAUCCGCCGUUUCGCACGUCGCGCAGGACUAUACCUCACAACAAAGACCGGAGGGGGAUCACAAAGCUACCAGCUAUCAGAAGGAGAAGCAGAUACCGGUGGUGGUGGGGAUGGCUACGUUAAGCGAAAGAAGUUUCGACACCCGCUAUCCCUUCCGGGUGAAUCGCAGUGGAAUACUGUUAGUGAUGAACAGAUGAUCUUGCCUAAUCGGCGUCAGCAGCCAGCGACUUGUACGGCUGGGGACGGGGAUUGGGAUACAACUAGCCAUGAGAGUCAUGGGGGUGGAAUCAAAGUGGUUCAUGAGACUAUUGUACACAGUGCAGAAAAAGAGGGGCGAUUAUAG